AUGUCAUCACUGGUGCUGGGAGUUGGUGCUUGCCUUGCUGGCUGGGUUGGACUCUACACCCUGCUGUGCUACACAAAUGGUUCCUGUGGUUAUGAGUGGAACUGUCGGCUGGUCACACUCCUCCAUGGCAUUCUAGCAGUGUGUAUAACCGCUUACAUUGGCUAUGUGGAUGGCCCUUGGCCUUUCACUCACCCUGGUACAAAGAACACACCUUUGCAGAUCACUGCCAUGGUUGUCAGCCUGAGCUACUUCGUCUUUGACAUGGCCUGGUGCGUGUACUUCCGCACAGAGGGUUUGGUGAUGCUUGCCCACCACACCGUGAGCAUCCUGGGCAUCAUGCUGACCUUGGGACUGGGCGAGUCAGGCAUCGAACUGUGCGCUGUGAUUUUUGGUGGAGAAAUCACCAACCCGCUCUUACAGUCUAGGUGGUUUCUGAAACGCACAGGCCGCUAUGAUAGCUUUUUAGGAGACCUUGUGGACGUUCUGUUUGUAUUACUCUUUGUGGUCAUGCGAAUAAUAGUUGGAGGCAAUAUGCUAUACUGUGAGCUGAUCUCUCCGAGACCAAAGCUGAUCAUCAAGUGUGGUGGUGUUGCCAUGUAUGUGCUGUCAUGGGUGUUCAUGGUAGACAUUGCCCGGUUUGCAUACCGUAAGAGUAAUGCAAAAUACCAACACUGGAAAAACCAGCAGAGGUCACUCAAAGUCAAUGGACAAGAUACAAAGAAUGACUGA